AUGCCGCGACAAAAAUUCGCAAUUGCAGAUUUAACGUGCCCGGUAUUACGGAAGUUGCUGCGCGACCGGGAGUUGAGAUCGGCCGGGCGAAAAUCGGAUUUAGUGAAGCGGUUGAUCGACAGUGAAGGUAGCGAUGAAAUCGAAUUAUCCGACAACGAAAUCGAGGACAAUGACGACGACCUUCGACAGACGGUUUCCGCUUUGGUGGAAAAUGUGGCGUCAAUAAUGGCGGCCAUUAAAAAUGGCCAAGUCGGUGUACCACCCGUACCACCUGUUCCACCCGUUCCAUCAGCUGUCCUACCCCAGGACGAUGAUGCUAUUGCCGAAGCCCAUCAUCAGCGCACACCAUUCAAUAUUACCGCACCGACUCAUUCAACGGCUUUCGGCGAUAUCGAGCCGACACUACGACAGCGCAACGAGACGAUGACGUCAACUCGUCAACCGACCGCGGAAUACGUAUUUCAACCACGAGAUGUUAUCGGGAUUCUACCAACAUUUAACCCGUUCGACGAUGUGUCCCCAUCAGCCGAACAAUUCAUCGACCGAAUUGAAAAAUUGGCUCAGGUAUAUCACUGGGAGGAAUACCUCGUUCUGUUUGCCGCUCAGGCUAAGUUGAAAGGCCCGGCGAAACGAUGGAUUGACGGAUUGCAAACGACGUUUGCAACGUGGGAAGAAUUCUCCAAAGCGCUAAUUGCAGAUUUCCCCAGUCGAUUUACGACAGAAGAUAUGCGACAGCGGCUCGAUAGCAGCCGUCGCGCACACAACGAAACAAUCGAAGAAUAUUUUUUCCGCGUCUGCGCAAUGGGACGACGGGCGAAGCUUGACGACGAAACGAUCGUGUAUUACAUACGACGAGGGCUUUGUAUGAAACCAUUACAAACUGCCAUAGCCACGAUGCAUUUCAACACGCCGAGCGAAAUGCUAGUGGCCAUACCACGAUUUGUAGCGAACGAUCCGGGAACGAACGAUAGUUCCAAUAGCGUUCGGGGUGAACGAACAAAUAUACUCCGAUCGCCGCCGCUGCUGAAUGCUGCAAAUCAAAGCUCGAGGCUAUGUUACAAUUGUUUCGAAAGAGGGCAUUUGUCGUUGAACUGUCCGAAGCCGCAACCAAGACGACGAUGCGUGAAAUGCAAUAGAACUGGCCAUGUGCAGAAUGACUGCCCGACAGCCGCGCGAACAGAAGCCAACCGCCGAGAGACAAUAAAUCCUAUAGCACAACACACAGACAACAAAUUGCUAACGAAGCCAGUGGAAAUAGGCGACGAUGAAUUUGAGUGUAUUGUGGACUCAGCAAGUAGCUGUUCUUUGAUCAGACAGUCUGAGGCUCAACGAAUUGGACAGAUUAAACAAUUCGAGCCAGCACAAUAA